AUGGGGAUUAAGCUUCAAUACAUAGAACUCGAAGAACACAAUUCAGUCCACAUCCUGGUGUGGUUCCGUUUCUAUGAGACACAGCAGCUCCCGGCCUGCCACUGUCGGUUGAGCGCUUUGCACUGUGAACGGAGCAGGCCCAGCUCGCGGUGGCGGAAGGUGGCAGGAGCCGGAGGGAGCAGCUGCAGCGUCGGUGCAGCUCUCAGCAGUGCCGGGGCCAGCGCCCGCCCCUCGUGGUCACUGGACGACAGCUGGGCCGCAGCCAAGGCACGUACUGGGAAACAUGUGGCACUGGUGCACGCGUCCCUUUCACCAGGAGAGCAAAAGCCUAGAAACCGCCCCCCACCUCCCGCAGAUCCCAGCCUGCGUCUCAUUGACCAGAACUGUGUCACUGGAGACUCAUCUCUGCUUCUACAGUCAACUCAGAAUGUGACUGUAAAUGCGCGCAACUCAGAAGGGGAGGUCACUGGCAGGUUAAAAGUGGGUCCCAAAAUGGUAGAAGUCCAGAGUCAACAAUUUCAGAUCAACUCCAAAGAUGGCAAGCCGCUCUUUACUGUGGAUGAAAAGGAAGUUGUGGUUGGCACAGAUAAACUUCGAGUAACUGGGCCUGAAGGAGCACUUUUUGAACAUUCAGUGGAGACACCUCUGGUCAGAGCUGACCCCUUUCAAGAUCUUAGGUUCAAAGUAAAGAGACAGACGUCCGGCCUCUCAUCAAAUAUUCUCUCAUCAAGGCAAAUGAAGACAAGCGAGGAGGCGCUUGUACUUGAUGCUGAAACUGUGUGUUUACCCAGGUUGGUGCAGGGGACUCAGGGUCCCUCUGGCAGUUCGCAGAGACUCUAUGAGAUCUGUGUGUGUCCAGAUGGAAAGCUGUACCUGUCUGUGGCUGGAGUGGGCAGCACGUGCCAGCAGCACAGCCAUGCCUGUCUCUGAGGAGCGCCUCAGCCUUCCCACUCGCUGAGAGGCACAAUGCCCACCUGUAGACCCAGCCGGUGCAGGGGACAGAGGACACACUUGUCAGAGGGACUGAGACAGAAAAAUGUACCAGGGAGUGUUUGGACAAAACUACAUGACCUCAAAAUGGCAUGUGGAUGUUAGACACAAAAGUAGAAGAAAUAUCAAAAGACUGUGUUCAUUCCACCGCACUACCUUUCUUCAGAAUGAUUUCGACUUUUCCUCACCUCCCUUCCAUCUGUUGUACAUGUCAGCGUACAAUGAAAUGCUGAGUUGCUGUGUGGAACUAAUUUAUGAUGUUUGGCUGGGGAUAUGUAAUGCCCUGUAAAAGUCGCACUAGUCAAUACUAAAAUGCCCCCGAAGCUUUGUACAGUGUUUGCUUUCUGUCAUGCAGACCUCAAGUCCUUCCUUCAGUUUAAUACAAAGUAUGUCAGGUUUCACAAGAAAAUCUUCAGGUUUUGAAAGGACUUUGAGGUUGAUCUGAUUUUUAAUAUGUAGUCAAAGGAAUAAAUUACACAAAAUUAGUCAUGCUUUCUAUAUAUUAUAUAGUCAAUGAGCAAUAAAAGUCAACCUACAUUUUUCACAGA